AUGGAUUCGUCCAGGCUAUCUGAUAUUCAUAUACAAAGGGAUAGCUUUGAGCUUAUCGAUGUCACUGAAGAUGAAUAUAAAGAAUCCAAGCUCUUCAUUGAGAGCCCAGACGCUAUUAUGGAUGAGUCGGUUUUCUUUCACAUUAAGAAGGUCAUUUCAUAUCUCUUCUGCAUCGAAAAGCAUAAACCAGAUAAAGAGUCUAGACUCAAUAUAGACCCUGAAAACAAAGCUUAUGAAAGUGAAUUCGCAAAGCAGCUUAAUAGAGACGUUCUUAAUACAUUGGUCGAUGGAUAUGUGGGCUAUGCUUGGUUAUGCGAAGUUUGCUCAAGAUGGAUCAAUUUUCUAUCAAAUUCAGCAAAGAACGAUGAUUUCUCAGGUACUUUUAUAGUUUAUAUACUAAUUAUAUAUAAUUAUAAUAUAUUUGUUUAA